AUGCUUUACUUAAUUGGAUUAGGAUUAUCCUACGAAACAGACAUAACAGUCCGCGGUCUUCAAACCAUCCAAAAUUGUAAACGAGUCUAUCUCGAAGCCUACACCUCCAUCCUCAUGGCUGCCGACCAACCCAGUCUUGAGAAAUUCUACCAAAAACCAAUCAUCUUAGCCGAUCGAGAAUUAGUCGAACAAGGUGCUGAUGAAAUCUUAGCGGGGGCGGAUGUGGAUGAUAUUGCUUUCUUAGUGGUCGGAGAUCCAUUUGGGGCUACCACUCAUACGGAUCUUAUCUUACGUGCCCGUGAAUUAGGGAUUCAAGUUGAAUGUAUUCAUAAUGCGAGUGUGAUGAAUGCGGUGGGUGCUUGUGGGUUACAAUUGUAUAAUUUUGGUCAGACUGUUAGUUUGGUUUUCUUUACUGAGACCUGGAAACCUGAUAGUUUUUAUAAUAAGGUGAUGGAAAAUAGAAGAAUCGGAUUACAUACUUUGUUAUUAUUGGAUAUUAAGGUGAAAGAACAAAGUAUUGAGAAUAUGGCUAGGGGGAGGUUGAUUUAUGAACCGCCUAGAUAUAUGGAUAUCGCGACUGCUUGUCAACAAUUGUUGGAGAUUGAGGAGGUGAGACAAGAGAAGGCGUAUACUCCAAAUACUCCGUGUGUGGCUAUUUCGAGAUUGGGGUCACCAAAACAAGCAUUUAAAGCUGGGACAUUACAGGAAUUAAGUGAGUAUGAUUCUGGAGAACCUUUGCAUUCGUUGGUUAUGUUGGGUAGACAGGUACAUGAUUUGGAAUUGGAAUAUUUGUAUCAAUAUGUUGAUGAUAAGGAUCAUUUUAAGACGAUGGUUGAAGAAGAUCAAGAAUAUUUCAAACCACCUGCAUAUGUCCCACCUCAAGAAGAUGAUGACGAUGAGUAA